CGAUAGUCUGUAACACAUUCUGUAUUAUCUAUGGUUCAAGUAAUCAAACAACUCUCAACUAAGUUUAAAGUUUAAAAUCUAUGCAAAAAAAAUUGGAGUGUACGCUAUUUAAUAUCUAUGUAGGUUUUUAGUUUAUUGAGUAAAUUGAGUUAUCUACUGUACAAGAUAAAAAUAAGAACAUGCUAGGUUAUUCGAAUGCCGGUAUACCGGAUAAAUCAUGGCAACCACCCGUUGUUGUAAUUGAAACGACCUGCUGCCGAUUGGUUGCUAGGAGGCAAAUGUCAUCAGCAAAGUCGAUGUCCUCUAGGUCUUCAUCCGCGGUCCAAGGCAGUCCUUGUCGGCAUUUACAGGUGACUCUGCGCAUCACAUCAUCAAGCACUACUAUAAACAGCAAGGGAGACAGCAAGCAACCUUGCUUGGCGCCUGCGGUGACCACGAUAUUAUCCAAUGGGAAAAAUUAUGUUGGAAAUGUAUUGGAAACAUGCACCUUUGACAUGCAGAAAUUUUAUGGAAUUGGUACGUCGAGGCUAUUACAACAACACUAAAUUUCAUCGAGUUAUUCGAGAUUUCAUGAUUCAAGGUGGUGAUCCAACUGGAACAGGAAAAGGAGGACAAUCAAUAUAUGGACCACACUUUAAAGAUGAAAUAACAUCAGAUUUAAAACAUGCUGGUGCAGGUAUAUUGUCUAUGGCUAAUGCUGGUCCUAAUACAAACGCAUCACAGUUUUUUAUAACAUUGGCUCCAACACAAUGGCUUGAUGGUAAACAUACGAUUUUUGGCAGAGUGCAAAACGGAAUGACUGUUGUCAAGAGAAUUGGGUUAGUAGAGUGUGAUAAAAAUGAUUGCCCCGUAGACGAUGUUCGAAUAGAAAGAGCCUACAUUCCGAAAUAGUUUCCUUAUAUUCUUACGAGCAUAAUAAUAUAGUUUUUAACCCUAAAUAUCAAUAUGAAGGAGAUACUUCCAGAAGAAAUAAAAAAUUAAACUAAAAUUUGCCUUUUUUUUGUUUGAUUAAAGAUAUUUUAUAUGUUAGGUACCUACCAUGAAGCCAUUAAAUUGUAUCAAUCCUCAUUACAUAACUACUAGUAAAAUGCCAGGUUAUAUAAUAAAUAAUAUAAAGCGUCAAGGGCCACUGGGAAGUAAAAUCAAGAACACAUGUGAAACUGCAGCAUUGCAACAAACUUAACAGAUUCUGGAAGAAAUUGUAAUGGCAUUUCCCCCUUCCAUAGGGGAUGGAUUUGUUUUUACGUAUGUUAUGCUCUUAUACUGCUCGAAUAUCUAUUAUAUAUUAAGUAUAUGAUCAAUACAACAAAACAUUUACUGCGAAAUUAAGAGCAUGGAUCAUGCCUUUACUGAUUACAGAGAUUAUAACAACAAAAAUAAUGAAGGGAAUGCAAUAUCGUAGUUUUUAUUUAAAUUUGUUAUUUAACUUUGUUGUUAUGUCUGGAAGCAUUCAGAAUGAAAGGGGGGCAAAAUUAGGAAUUGAUUGUAUGUAGCCUUUGCCAUUUAUAAAGAUAAAAUGUUGGCAAAAUGUUUCUUUCCUGUAAAAUAUUUCAUCUUUCACUGUAUUAAAUUAUGCCUUUUACUGUUUUGUAUUUUUGGUGCUUGUAAUUUUAAUAUAAAUAAAUCUAUUGGCUCCAAUAUCAUAUAAA